CGGAAGCGCCCUGCCGCCUCUCGCGGCUCCGCAGGCUCCACCCCUUGCUGCUGAGUAUUUAAGGCGCAAUGCGCGCCCCGGGUCGUGCUUGGGGGCCGGAGACCUCCAGCGGUGGGUGAGCGGCCUGAGAUCAACCACCAUCUUGCUUCGAGGCCUGAAAUCCCGCUUCGGGGCGGCUCCGGCUGCCUGGCGAUCCUGCCGCCGUUUGUCCCUCGCGAAGCCCCGUUGCUCGCCCAGGAGGCGUGACUAGGGGCUGGAAGCAGGCGGGCUGCGGCGCCGUGGGCCCGGGCUGCCGCUGUCAUGGACGCCUGGGUCCGCUUCAGUGCUCAGAGCCAAGCCCGGGAGCGGCUGUGUAGGGCCGCCCAGUAUGCCUGUUCUCUUCUUGGCCAUGCUUUGCAAAGACAUGGGGCCAGUCCCGAGUUACAGAAGCAGAUUCGACAGCUGGAGGGCCAUCUGAGCCUUGGAAGGAAGUUGCUACGCCUGGGGAAUUCGGCGGACGCCCUCGAGUCAGCCAAAAGAGCUGUGCACCUCUCAGAUGUUGUCCUGAGAUUCUGCAUCACUGUCAGCCACCUCAAUCGAGCCUUGUACUUUGCCUGUGACAAUGUUCUGUGGGCUGGAAAGUCCGGACUAGCUCCCCGUGUGGACCAGGAAAAGUGGGCGCAGCGUUCAUUCAGGUACUAUCUGUUCUCCCUCAUCAUGAAUCUGAGCCGCGAUGCUUAUGAGAUUCGCCUGUUGAUGGAGCAAGAGACUUCAGCGUAUAGCCGGCGAAUGAAGGUCUCUGGAGUAGGGGUCUCGGGAGGAGUUGAGCCUGGGGGACCUGGAGCACCAGGGCCUCCAGGAGGGUGCCUGCCACAGCUGGUUCUGAAGUUUCGGCUCCGAAUCCUGCUACUGGCUCGUGUCCUUCGAGGUCACCCCCCUCUUCUGCUGGACGUGCUCAGAAAUGCCUGUGACCUCUUCAUCCCGCUGGACAAGCUAGGCCUCUGGCGUUGUGGCCCUGGGAUUGUGGGGCUGUGUGGCCUCAUUUCCUCCAUUCUGUCUAUUCUCACCCUAAUCUGUCCCUGGCUAAGACUCAAGCCCUGACACUAUGCACAGGAUAGGGAGGGAGCCUGAGCUGGUGAGAUGGGAUCUUAGAGUGGCCCCAUAUGCCAGCCUCAUUCCAAGCUGACUCCCUGACUGAAGUUAAGAUCCAGAUACUUAGGGACAAAGGGAAGAACCUUGCCAAAGACGAGGUCAGGAAGGUGAUGUUCCAUUGCCAGAAUCUCUUUGCUAUCUUCCCUUUAUCUGUCUUGAGUCUGGUUAGGAAUUUGUCAUCACGAGACAGAAUUGUCUUUCUGAAUCCCCUGUCUAGGUUCUAAAGAGGAGAAUUAUUUUUUGGUAGGGGAGCGCAAGCUUUGGGUGGUAGAGUGUAUUCUUUCUUUCUGAAGCACCAUGUAGCAUUGUUUCCUCCUUCACACACCAUAAUUUUCAAGGCUUAAUUUCACGUCCCAACAAGCUCUUUCUUCGCAUCUCCCCAGCACAGGCUGUUUGACAAUCCUUCCCGUGUCCACCUCCCCUGACCCCCUCCUGACUUAGCACUGACUUUUCUCUGUCCUCCACGCCUUUCAGCUUCUGCUUACACUUUGAUAUUAGAAUUUCCUCCUCCCCUGGCUCUUGCCCUUUCUUUAACUAUCCAUCCUGAUGCUAUAUCUAGCCUCGUGUUGUAAAUAGUGUACAAUGACUCUGUGUAAAUAACUGUGGUCUGUGCCCACAGUGCAAGCAAGCCUUCCAGGACGACAAAUUAAAGAUCAGUUUGCUGACUGACUUAUUUAUUCAAUUUCAAGAUGGGGGUCUCACUAAGUUGCCUAGGUUGGCCUGAAACGCUUGACUUCUGCCUCAGACUACUGAGUAGCUAAACAGAUGUGUGCCACUCCAUCCAGCUGUUCAUUGACAUCUGGUCUGGUCUUUUCAUGUUCUGGUCAUUUUCAGCCUUAGUUCCUGUGACUGUGGAUGGGUUUCUGUGGCACUGGCAACUAACACUUAGUUACCCUUAGGUUUUCACCAGAAGCUUAAGUUUGCGGGAAAGUAGGUAGUGGACAUACGAAAGAAGUGAGAUGCUUCUCCCAUUCUUUUUUUUUUUUUUUAAUAACAAUUUAUUCAUUUCAUAUCUUGGUUGUAGGCCCCUCCUCAUCUCCUGGCCCCAUCCUUUCUCCCUCUUCUCCUUCCCAUAUCCCAGCCAUCCCACUCCCCUAGUUCAUAGAAAGGGGGCACAGAGCUCCCCUACUGUCUGACCCUAGCCUAUCAAGUCCCAUCAGGACUGCCUUGAUCCUCUUCCUCUUUGGCCUGGCAAGGCUGCCCUGCCAGGGGGAUGUGCUCAAAGAGCAGGCAACUGAGUUCAUGUCAGACAGCCUCUGCUCCCCUUACUAGGGAAUCCACAGCCAGGGGUCUAGGUCCUCUCUGUGCAUGGUCCUUGAUUGAUGCAUCAGUCUCUGCUGACCCUUGGGCCCAGCUUUGUUGGCUUUGUUGGUCUUCUUUGUGGCACUCCUGUCCCCUCCCUUCCCUCCUACACUCCACUUCUUCCAUAAGAUGCCCUGUGCUCUGUCCAGCUUUUACCAUUCUUGAGACAUUUAUAGCCUCAAGCUGCGAGAGGGAUGGUCUAAACCAAAACAAUUAUAUUGACACUAAAAAGCACGCCUGUUGAAAAAAGCUCUCGGAGAGCUAUUCAGCACACACACACAUGAUCAGAACUCGGUGGUCUGGCAAGCACAGUAAGACCACCCUCACACACCAGGCACGGAAGUGCCACUGUCACUGCUGUCAGCUCUUAUUUUGCAUUUGCCAGGUUGAUAGCAAUAAGUUAAAAAAAAAUGUCUGUAACCCCUACUUUCUGUUCUAAACUGGAGUAAAUCAUUGGACAAAUAAACAGUGGGAAAAAGCAGCCCCACAAAGGGUCAAA